AGUUAGCGGCUCCGGAGCAACGCAGCCGUUGUCCUUGAGGCCGACGGGCUCGACGCGGGCGGGUUGAACGCGCUGGUGAGGCGGUCACCCGGGCUACGGCGGCCGGCAGGGGGCAGUGGCGGCCGUUGUCUAGGGCCCGGAGGUGGGGCCGCGCGCCUCGGGCGCUACGAACCCGGCGGGCCCACGCUUGGCUGCGGCCGGGUGCGGGCUGAGGCCAUGGGCGACCGCGGCAGCUCCCGGCGCCGGAGGACAGGGUCGCGGCCCUCGAGCCACGGCGGCGGCGGGCCUGCGGCGGCGGAAGAGGAGGUGCGGGACGCCGCUGCGGGCCCCGACGUGGGAGCCGCGGGGGACGCGCCAGCCCCGGCCCCCAACAAGGACGGAGACGCCGGCGUGGGCAGCGGCCACUGGGAGCUGAGGUGCCAUCGCCUGCAGGAUUCUUUGUUCAGCUCUGACAGUGGCUUCAGCAACUACCGUGGCAUCCUGAACUGGUGUGUGGUGAUGCUGAUCUUGAGCAAUGCCCGGUUAUUUCUGGAGAACCUCAUCAAGUAUGGCAUCCUGGUGGACCCCAUCCAGGUGGUUUCUCUGUUCCUGAAGGAUCCCUAUAGCUGGCCCGCCCCAUGCCUGGUUAUUGCGGCCAAUGUCUUUGCUGUGGCUGCAUUCCAGGUUGAGAAGCGCCUGGCGGUGGGUGCCCUGACGGAGCAGGCGGGACUGCUGUUGCACGUGGCCAACCUGGCCACCAUUCUGUGUUUCCCAGCGGCUGUGGUCUUACUGGUUGAGUCUAUCACUCCAGUGGGCUCCCUGCUGGCGCUGAUGGCGCACACCAUCCUCUUCCUCAAGCUCUUCUCCUACCGCGACGUCAACUCGUGGUGCCGCAGGGCCAGGGCCAAGGCUGCCUCUGCAGGGAAGAAGGCCAGCAGUGCUGCUGCCCCGCACACCGUGAGCUACCCGGACAAUCUGACCUACCGCGAUCUCUACUACUUCCUCUUCGCCCCCACCUUGUGCUACGAGCUCAACUUUCCCCGCUCUCCCCGCAUCCGGAAGCGCUUUCUGCUGCGACGGAUCCUUGAGAUGCUGUUCUUCACCCAGCUCCAGGUGGGGCUGAUCCAGCAGUGGAUGGUCCCCACCAUCCAGAACUCCAUGAAGCCCUUCAAGGACAUGGACUACUCACGCAUCAUCGAGCGCCUCCUGAAGCUGGCGGUCCCCAAUCACCUCAUCUGGCUCAUCUUCUUCUACUGGCUCUUCCACUCCUGCCUGAAUGCCGUGGCUGAGCUCAUGCAGUUUGGAGACCGGGAGUUCUACCGGGACUGGUGGAACUCCGAGUCUGUCACCUACUUCUGGCAGAACUGGAACAUCCCUGUGCACAAGUGGUGCAUCAGACACUUCUACAAGCCCAUGCUUCGACGGGGCAGCAGCAAGUGGAUGGCCAGGACAGGGGUGUUCCUGGCCUCGGCCUUCUUCCACGAGUACCUGGUGAGCGUCCCUCUGCGAAUGUUCCGCCUCUGGGCGUUCACAGGCAUGAUGGCUCAGAUCCCACUGGCCUGGUUCGUGGGCCGCUUUUUCCAGGGCAACUAUGGCAACGCAGCUGUGUGGCUGUCGCUCAUCAUCGGACAGCCAAUAGCCGUCCUCAUGUACGUCCACGACUACUACGUGCUCAACUAUGAGGCCCCAGCGGCAGAGGCCUGAGCUGCACCUGAGGGCCUGGCUUCUCACUGCCACCUCACACCCGCUGCCAGAGCCCACCUCUCCUCCUAGGCCUCGAGUGCUGGGGAUGGGCCUGGCUGCACAGCAUCCUCCUCUGGUCCCAGGGAGGCCUCUCUGCCCCUAUGGGGCUCUGUCCUGCACCCCUCAGGGAUGGCGACAGCAGGCCAGACACAGUCUGAUGCCAGCUGGGAGUCUUGCUGACCCUGCCCCGGGUCCGAGGGUGUCAAUAAAGUGCUGUCCAGUGACCUCUUCAGCCUGCCAGGGGCCUGGGGCCUGGUGGGGGGUAUGGCCACACCCACAAGGGCGAGUGCCAGAGCUGUGUGGACAGCUGUUCCAGGGGCCAGGAGGCCUGAGGGUCCCAGGACCUGCCGGGGAGCAGCAGCUCCACUGCAGCAGGGCGGGCAUGGCCGGUAGGGGGAGUGCAAGGCCAGGCAGACGCCCCCAUUCCCCACACUCCCCUACUCAGAAAAGCUCAGCUCAGGCGUCCUCUCCUGGUGCUACUCCUGCUGGGUGUGCGGGAAUCGGCACUCUGGCCCUCAGUGCAGGACGGUCAACUUGCACCCACCGUGCUCAGCUUCAGCUUGGGAAGAGGUCGGCCCUGAGUUUGCGGGAAGUGGGCUCCAGCCAGGAUGGCCCAGGGAUGGGCAGUCCACAGGGCCUUUCUGGUGUGGGUCUGGUGAGCCGAGGGGCUACGGUACACAAUGGCUAUGUCCAUGGCUAUUCGCCUUGGGGCAGGGCUCGGUUUGGCAGCCUCUUUCCUUCACUUGGAAUCUGGGCAGCCAGGUGGGCUGGUGGCUCUCAGCUGCCCUCCACGAGGUUGGGGCACCCCUGAUCCCCAGGCCUGCCUUGCCCUCUGCUCUUCUGGCACCAGGCUGGGCAGUGCAGACAGUGCAGCCCUGCAGCCUUCAGGACACCUUGUUCCCAGGCCCUGUAAUCCACCAAGCUGGAUAGAUGGGGCCCCCCUUGAUGGUAGCGGGAGGUCAGGGGUAACCCCAGGGCCCUGCUGCUGCCUUACCUUGCUGGGGUGACUGCUUGAUUAAAGACCCCAAGACUGGACCAGACCCUGGUGUCCCCAGACCUGCAGCUAUGGCCCAACAAGGCAGGUGUUUGAGGAGGCCCUGCACAGGGUCCCAGGACUGCACCAGGGGCCUCAUCAGCAAGCUGCUGAACUGGUGGUGUGAGGGGAGGGUGGGCUCCCUUGGUGGUAUCCUCCCUCUACCCCAGUGGGGGCUGGUGGGCCCUGAGAUGGAGGCAUCUCCUUGGGCCCUGCUGAGGAUGGCAGUAGUGGGUGAGCUCCUGAUGGGGGGAUGGGUGUGGGGCCGACUCCUCCAUCCCACAUGCGCUCCUGUGCCUCUCCCUAUCAGUUGGCCAAUGGAGCUCCAGAACAAACUGUUGCUGCCAGAUAAAGCAGCAAAGCCUGCUCCACUGCCCACCACAGGCCCCCUUCCCUUCCUCCACCAGGCCGAGUGGAGAACCCUGAAGCUACGGGACAGGCUCCCGUUCCCCGUGCCUACGUAGGGUGCUGGCUCUGGCAGAAAGACAGUGUGCCUGCCCCGCAUCACCUGUCUGAGUGCGAACACCUUGGGAAGGGGGUUCCUGGUGGUCUUGUGACAACCAGAGACCCCCAGGGCCAAGGUGCCCACCCCUGGUCCCUCAAUGAAGAACUGCAAGCAAACGCUGGUCCUGGGGAGUUGGGCAGGCACGGGGCUAGCUGCAAGCAUCUGUCUUCCCCCAGGAGGCCACUGCAGCCUGGCCCUUCUGUGCCCUGGGCCCCUCCUCAUUGCACCACCACCCACCGCACCACCCUGGGACAGAGGAAACACAUGGAAGCCAUAGCAUAGAGCCUGUUUAUAGAUCUCUGCCUGUCUUGUCCGUCCAUCCACUGUGUGUAUAUAUCUGUAUAUCUCUGUGGAGCGGGGAACGGGACAGUUGUGUAAAAAUCCAAAAUACAAUUCUGACUAUGAACAA